GUGUGUUGCUAGUUUUUGUAAUUUGCCUUCCUUAAAAUUCAAGCAAAGCUAAUCUUCUAGUUGUACCAACCCAUCUGUCCCAACCCCAUCAGGACCGUCAUUUCUCUUCCCUAAAGCAACACAAAGUUGUAGAAUCUGACGGCUCUGAUUGUAUUAUCCAUCGAUCAAACGGUUCCCGAGCGUACAGUUGUUUAGAAGAGUAACAUAGUACUACACAAGUCUCUAAUGAUGGUCUUAGUAAAACCGAGUAGACACACAUAGGGAGACCGAACCUUCUUCACAUCGAUUUGUUAAUUCGUGAAAAACCCAGUUGGUUUCGAGAAAUACCCAUCUAAUUGCGACCUCAGGAAAGUUCUUCUUGGAAUCAGAUCAAUCUGGGUGUCUUUCCGAAAUGGAGAAAGAACAGAAGGGUCCAAAUGAUCAAGAAAGGGUAGAAGAGGAGGACACGGAGGCUUUGGAGCUUGUUCUCUAUCAAGUCUCCGAGUGUUAUGUCUAUAUGAUACCGCCGAGGAAAACAGCAGCUUCCUACAGGGCUGAUGAGUGGGAUGUGAACAAGUGGGCAUGGCAGGGUGUAUUGAAAGUCAGUAGCAAAGGAGAGGAGUGCAUCAUCAGACUUGAAGAUAAGGAGACUGGUGAAUUAUAUGCUCGGGCAUUUUUGAGAAACGGAGAGCCGCAUCCAGUGGAACCUGUAAUCGAUAGCAGUAGAUAUUUUGUUCUUCGAGUGGAGGAGAACAUUGAUGGUCGUCUUCGGCAUGCUUUUAUUGGCAUUGGUUUUAGAGAAAGAACAGAAGCUUAUGACUUCCAAGCUGCUCUGCAUGAUCAUAUGAAAUACCUGGACAAGAAGAAGACUGCAGAGAAGAUGGAGCAGGAAUUUCAGAGAACAUCGUCAGUUGAUUACAGCUUGAAAGAUGGCGAGACUCUUGUUCUGCAAUUAAAAAACAAUAGAAGUGGUCAAAAUGUCAAGUCCAAGUUUUUUGAGCAAGGUUCGAACAAUUCAUCACCUGAGAAUAAGGGUGAUACCAAAAAAGAGCCCAAGAUUUGUAUCAAACCUCCGCCACCUCCCCCUGCUCCGCUUUCACCUUCUGCUACUGGUCAGAAGUCUUCUCCGAACUUUCCAACAUCUUUCAAUCUCGAGGAAGCUUCUAAAGAUGGAGUUGUAGUACCAAAGAAAGAUGAUUCGAACAAUACAGAUUCAUCAGAAAAUCAAAGCACAGAUGUACCAGAUGAUGAUUUUGGAGAUUUUCAAACUGCUGGUUAAUAUUUAAAUAUUAGGGGGGAACAUACAUAACCAUACUAAGAAUACCCGAAUUUUUCUUUCACUGUGGUUUUCUGUUAGAUUUGGUGUUUGUGGUGGUUUAACACCCUCAAAGAUCUUGUUGAUUUGGUGUAUAUCAGGCUAAAUAUUACCAAUGUGAAUUUACUUUGAGACAAAUAAGUCUGCCCACCCAACCCAAGUGAUAUAGAAAUUUCUAAUAUUGUACAAUUUGGCAAACCAGAAAAAAUAAACAUAAAUUGCAACUUGGUGUC